AUGUGGACUACAUGGACGUUUAAGAAUCCUAGUCGGAGGUUCAUUAGCUGCACAAACUAUAACGAUGAAGGCAGAAAUUAUGGGAUUGUUCGGCGGAUUGACCUACAACUCCCGGACAAGUGGCAUAGAGAGAAGAUGUAUGAAUUGAGAGCUCAAGUCAAUGGUGAACAUGUCAUUUUAUAUGCCCCCCCCCCCCUCGACGCUCCUAUCAUGUUUCAUGUCAAUGAAGCACCGCUUCAAGUUGUUAUUCAAGAUACCGAUGAACAUGGUAAUGGCCAUCGAGUUGAAGAUUGUCAAGUUGCAAUUAUCAAGUUCAUACUAGCUUGUUUGGUUUAUUUCUUUGUUGAGAUGUUGUACGCUUAA